UGACUAUGAAGCAACAAAGCCAUGUGCGACAGGGAAAUGCUGAAUCCCACCCUGGCUGGGAAGGAGUGAAGGCCAGGUUGGCACCCAAGAAAUUCUUCCUGCAGUGGGGGAAGGGACCCUCCCGGGCUCGUCAGAAAGAGGCUCAUUACUUGUUCCUGAAAUUCGGUUACAACGCAUUCCUCAGCAACCAGUUGCCUUUUAACAGAAGCAUCCCUGACACCCGCCAUGCCAGGUGUCUUCAGAAGACAUAUCCUGCUCAGCUCCCAUCCCUCAGUGUCAUCCUCAUCUUCCUGAAUGAAGCUCUGUCCGUCAUCCAGAGAGCUAUCACCAGCAUCAUCAACCAGACCCCUCCUCGGCUGCUGAAGGAGAUCAUCCUGGUGGAUGACUUUAGCUCCCACGGAGAACUGAAGAGAAGAUUGGAUGAGGCGAUUAUGCUAUACAACCAGAGCUAUCCAGUCCUGCUGAAACUUAUAAGGCACACAAAGAGGAGAGGUCUUGCUCAAGCCCGCAACACUGGCCUGGAAGCUGCUACAGCUGAUGUGGUUGCCAUCUUGGAUGCUCACAUUGAAGUGAAUGUUGGAUGGGCUGAGCCCAUUCUGUCGCGGAUUCGGGAAGACCCCACGGUGGUCCUGUCGCCUGUGUUCGACAACAUUGAUUUCAACACCUUCGAACUGGAAAAGGUGGAACUGGCAGUGGAUGGGUUUGACUGGCAGCUGUGGUGCCGGUAUGAUCAUGUACCACAAGCCUGGCGUCAGCUGGAUGAUGUCACCGCUCCAAUGACAAGUCCUUCCAUCAUGGGUAUCCUGGCCGCCAACAGGAUCUUCUUGACAGAGAUCGGAGCUCUGGAUGGUGGAAUGCUGGUCUAUGGAGGAGAGAAUGUGGAGCUUAGCCUAAGGGUGUGGCAGUGUGGAGGGAAGAUUGAGAUCUUACCCUGCUCCCGGAUCGCUCACCUAGGGAGAUACUACAAGCCCUAUGCCAUGAACCUAGAUAUUCCCUUGCGGCGGAAUGCUCUGCGGGUGGCUGAAACCUGGAUGGACAAACACAAAUACAUGGUCUACUUGGCCUGGAACAUUCCUCUCCAGAAUUCGGGAAUCGACUAUGGAGACAUUUCUUCCAGAAAGGCACUUCGGGAGAAACUGAAAUGUAAAUCCUUUGACUGGUACCUGAAAAAUAUCUACCCACUCCUGAAGCCAAUCCCCAACAUCAUCUGCUAUGGAAGAAUGAAAAAUUCACUGGAUGAAAGUGUUUGCCUGGACCGAGGACCUGUUCCAGGCAACUCUCCCAAAAUGAAACCUUGCCGUGAGCUCAGUGAACAGAACGUGUACUACCUCCUUUCUGGAGAAUUCUAUGUGGGGGAACUAAUUGCAAGAGAAGACGUCAAUGAGCAGUACUGCUUGACAGACUCUGGCCGUGGAGAAAAGCCCACAUUAGAGCUGUGCUCCGAGGCAGCGAAAAGAGGAGCGUACAUCUACUGGGACUUUCAGCAGGGAAAAUCCAUCAAAAACAAGGAUACCGCACGGUGUCUGGAGAUCAAGAGAGACCCCUCAGGUACCUACAGGCUUGUGUUAGAGAACUGUACCCAACAAACAUGGAAAAUACAGCAUAUAGGCAGAAACUGGGGCUACUCAUAGCCAGCGAGCCCCAGAGAUUUGGAUUUGGAGGGCCCCGUUCCUCAGGCUGGAAUGGUGUCCAGCCACAGCGCUUUCAUACUGGGAGAGGAUGAGAGACAGAUGUGUGUUUGUCUACUGUGACUUCAGCAUGCAGCUCACAGAGGGGAGGCUUGAGCACAUGUCAAGAGUGUCUGCUAGGGAGAGUGGCGGAAACUCUGAAGCCUCGUCCCCAGCUUGCCUCGAGAGAUCGUGAUAUGCAUCAAGCACCAUUCUGGGAACCUUCUCAAAAUAGCCAGCAUCAUCUGGUUGCACUGUGUAGACAGUGAGAGGGAUGAACGUUUAUCUUUGAUUUCCACCAACGCUGUUUAGCCUUCAUUCCGACAGCUACUACCACCACCUGUCCCACACCUCCUCCCGGUCAUCUGCUCCCCUCCCUAGACAGUGGGCUGGGCCACGUGACAGGCUGGAUACUCUUCAUAAGUCUGACAGCUACCCAGGUGGCCUCAGUUCCCUCCCUGUCUGGACUGUCCCAAAAGAGACUUUCUCAAAUCCCUUUACCACAUCCUCAGUGUCGGUGCCUCUGGAUGGCCUGUCUCUCCCACUGUAGCAAGGUCACAUAGGAGGAGGAGGAUCCUGUGUGUGUGCUGUAGGCUCCUGGAGUCUCCUGCAGAGCAGCCAAAGACAGAGUAGCCUCAGAUGCAUGGAAAAGCAUGUGACUCCAUUCCCUGUGGGGCGCCGGCUGAAGGUGCACAGAGGUAACUUUCCACUCAAGUUGGUGAACGACAAAUAGUACACAGCACAUUCUUUGGGCAGGGAUGUGGGAAACAGGUCAUCUCACACAUCCGCGACAGGGUUUCAAACUGGUGCCAGCUUCCCGGUGGGCUAAUUGGCAAGAUCUAAAAAUAGUGCAUUUUCUCUUUGUGCCAAGAAUUCCACCUCUAGAAAUUUACCUCCAAAAUUAUGAAUUUGGACUGCCAAGACAGCUCAGAGGGUAAAGGCAUUUGCUGCCAAGCUGACAACUUCAGUUUGUUUCCAGGAAGCUACACAGUGGAAGGAGAGAACUGAUUUCUAAAAGUUGUCCUAUGACCCAUCCACACAUGUGCGCACACACAAAAAUACUAGAUGCAGCAGACAUACGUGAGAUAUAAGAACAAAUGUAAAGGAAAAAGAGUAAGAAAAUAUUCGGGCCUGGAGAUGUGGCUCAGUGGUUAAGAACACUGACUGAUCUUCCAGAGGACCCAGGUUCAGUUCCCAACACCUACAUGGCAGCUCACAACUGUCUGUAAUUCCAUUUCCAGGGGACCUGAAAACACCAAUGCACAUAAAAUAAAAAUAUUUAAAAAAAAAAAGAAAAGAAAAAUAUUCAUGCACAAAGUAAUCCCUUGUAGUAUUGAUUCUGAGUAAAAAAAUGUUGUAGGUGAACUACAUGCUUGAACAUCAGAGUAGUCAGAGACAUCCAUGCAGGGGCUGGCUGUACAGCUGUGAACACCAGCAAGCCACAUCUGUGACUGAUACGGAGGGAGGAGCAGUGUGUCCUGUUAAGUUAAAAGAAAAAGAAGUGUGUCCUGCAAAUAUCUUUUGGUAAAAAUGAAGGGGGAUGUGUGGUGUUCAUUUCUACACAACCAAAACGAAACAAAGAAGUCUAAAGCUGGAGGUGGAGGCUCCUAAUUGUAAUCCCAGCACCCGAGAGGGUGAGGCAGGAGGAUUGUGAGUUUGAAGCCAGUUUGAGCUAUGCAGCAAGAUCUUAUAUAGAAGAGAAUGGGGAGAAAAAACAAACUAAGAAGACUGAGGGAGAAACUAAU